AUGGAAUCGUGGGACGCAUCACGCAAUUUCCAGCAACGGCUUUCCAGAGCGAUCAAGGCUCUUGCUGCUUCUCAACAACUUGCCGGGUCUAGUGAUCAGGGUGGACCCUUAGCGGAGGAGUCGCCCAGCCGCAAGCGUGGUCACUCGGAUGAUAUUGACGAUCACCGCGCCAAACGCCAGAGGCCUGGCGACGUAAGCCGCAAGCGAAGGCUCUCUCUUGAGAGCGACGGAGAGCACCAGGUCAAGCGCCAGCGAUAUCGCGAAGACCUCAAAGAUGGCCUCGAUGCCAGGCUGGAGCUAUUUUCACUGCUCCAAGAGUGUAAAACGAAGUCUCAAUUGAUUGGCAUUCUGAGCCAAAUACACCGGGACGAAAUGACUCUGGCCAUGGCACUGAAUGAUGCUCCAGAGUCGCUGAGGCGCCAGGCUGUUUCGGAUUUGGAACGACGACAGCCUGCUGCGCACGCCCGCAUCCUCCAAAACAUGCUUCAAAUACAGCAGUCCACAGAACGAUUCGACCCUCAGUCUAUUUUUCCUGUUUUGAUCCUACGUGAGGUUUUCGGUGACAAGGGCUGCUUCGUCUGUCAAGAGGCCUUUCACACGUGGGAGAAUAUUGUCGUCAAGCGCUGUGGGAGGUGUCCGAUGCACCCGCGCUGCUUAGCCAACGAAAUUCUGUCUUCGAGACUCCCUUUGAAUGGAAAGUGCCCAUGCGCUGGCGACAUGGAAUGGCGGUGGGAUUAG